UCUCGUUUUACUCCUAAAUCUUGCCUCUACAGCUUACAGAUCUUAGCGAAGGCUUGUCAGCGUCAUCUUGUGAAUUAACAGAAGAAAGCACAAGGCUGAAAAGUGAAAGAUGGCGUAUUUUUGUCACUUAUUUAUCUAUGCACUACACCUGUUGUUGAUUUCAUAUUUCAUUGAUGCCAUCCAAAAAUAUGAAAAGUGUGAACUUGUUGUAAACUGUACGAAGAAAGCCGAUGAUGCCAGUAAAAGUUGUUAUGAUUUCAUCAAUCUCUUUGAUAAAAAUUGCGGUGCCAGACCUAAUUAUUGCGACAAACACAAACAUGAUCUGAUCAAAGCGUGUACUUCAGAUUUCUGUCAAAGAUGUCGGGAAAGUGCCAAAACGAUAUACAAAGACUGCUUGAAGUUUCAUGAAAAGACAACAGCAUCAUCUGCUAAAGGUGCAACGUAUUGUUUGUUGAUUAAGAAAGACUUCGACUUUAAAUGUCCUCUAGUUUGUCAUGACUUAAAAGGCACGUCAAAAAGUGAUCCUGGAAGAGACUGUAAGGAUAUUUUUGAUUCUAAGCCCGAUGAGGCUAAGAAUGGUUUGUACUGGAUUCAACCUCACGGCGAUAAAUCCCCAACUCAGUCUUACUGUGACAUGAGCUUUGCUGGGGGUGGCUGGACUCUGGCUAGCUAUGGACAUGUUUCGACAACACCGCAACUCAACAAAAACAUUCCAAAUAUGAAUCAUCCCAACGGAUACACAUGGAAUCCUAGCAAAAGAAACAGCUCCCAAGGUGUGAUAUCUCUACAAAAUGGAGCCGUAAACCUUGCUCGUCGUGCUAAGCGUAUGAUAAUGGCGGCAGGAAAUAAUCCUGCGACAGGUGGGAUUGACAAGUACCAAUACGUUUACUCCAUUGAUAUAAGCAACAAUCCUUAUAAUAUCACGUUUGCAAACCAUAACCGUUACCAUGGUGGUGUCGGUACAGCAAACAUACCUAGGAUGCAUGUCGUCGCGUUUACCGUAAGGGCGUUAAAAGGAGAAACCGGAAGUGCAAAACGAUAUGCACUAGCCGAAGCACUGGGUGUAUCCUGGUCUGAUACAUAUCCAACGGGGUAUGGUUUUUCGCCAGUUAACAAGCAUUAUAGUACAUGGACAAAAGGUCCAUUCUUUCCCAGUGUUCAUUCGGGUGACAGACCGGCGGGAGGCUGUAACACAGGAGCUGUAUCGUAUGCUCCAGAUGUUGAAAAAGGCUGUCCAAAUUAUCAACACCUUGGAUGGCAUUCACUUUACACUACGCAGAAAACAGGACAGACGUCAAUAUGGUUUAAGUGAAUUGUUGUCAGGAAAUAAUGAAGUAAAAAAUACCAAUUUUUUCGUACAUUUAUGAAUUUAUGACGACAUUCAAUUAUUGUCAGUUAUUAAAUUCUAUCCAGUA